AUGGUGAAACAAGGUGUUGUGUUGGGGCAUGUAAUAUCCAGCAAGGGUAUUGAAGUUGACAAAGCAAAAAUUGACAUCAUCUCAAAUAUGGCAGCCCCUACUUCAAUGAAGGGAGUGAGAAGCUUUCUAGGAGGAUUUUUCCAAGAUCACUCAUCCAUUGUGCAAUCUUUUGGCCAAAGAUGUUGUAUUUCACUUUGA